AUGGCAAAGGGCAACAGUGUUGCUACCCCUAGAGAGACCACACAAACGUUUUAUCAGAAGCAACGUCAACGUGUGUUUCGGCGCACUAAUGAGCAGAACAAUAAAAUAGGAAAAGGUAGCACAUCAGUUACUGAUCACACAAUGAUACAUUUCAACAAUAGCGCUGUUAUGAAUGGUGAUGCGAUUUCAGAUCAAAAUACAUUGCCGAGUAUUGAAAUAGAGUCCAGAAUCCCACGGUUUCCUGUUACCAGUGAUAGGCAAACCAUGAAUGACUCCACAUUGCAAGAUUAUAGAAAAAAAUCCGAAGUCAAAACAUCUCGAAAGACUAUUACUCUGAAACAAAAUAAUAAUGAGAUGAAGCCUGCUGAUACAAGACAAUCUGUGUUUCCGCACAACAGCCCGAAAAUCACAAAAAUAAAAAACAAUGCCCAAUCUGGGGAAGGAGCAAAUAAUAACAAACAAUCUGUUAAAAAGACUAAUACUGCCAGGAGUUCACGACAGCGUGAAGUUAAAGUUUCCAAAUUUGCUAUUACUUUAAAAACUAAUGCUGCUAAAAAAGAAACAUUUCCAGAGGAAAAUAACACUGAAACAACAAACUGGGGUGAUUUACAAGAGCCCGAUUUUUCCCCACUGACGCUACCAACGGAAAUUCCAACUCUAGAAUUCACAUCAAAAACUGAGAAAGUGCCGCAUAAAAAAGCAGACAUGGAACCAAUAGGAAGACCUCACCAGAGAGAACAGUUGCCACCUAAAGGAUCAACCAGUGAUCGAUCAAAGGAGCGUAGUACUUCACGUAGAAAGAAGUCACAGAGAAGUUCUCAAAGCAGUCGUCAUGACAGAGGAUCAACAUCUGGGUACCAAGAAGAGAAACAAUCACCGUAUGUUCAUGGGAAUGAUACCAGAAAACAUGCACAUCAUGAACGCAGGUCUUCGAAGAAUUACCACGAAAAUAGAUCUUACUCUGAAGAACAUGAUACAAGUAGAAAAAGUUCGGGUUAUCAUGGGAAUUCAAAAUACAAGUAUCCACAGCCGAACGAGCGAACACGAUCAUCAUCAGCUGGUCAUAGAGACAAUUACACACCCCACCAUGAGAGGAGACAGUCACCGUCAGGACGACAAGAUGGCCAUCACCGACAAAGCGGGAGAACAUCCCCAGCAUACUGGCAUGCCACUGGUGAUUCAUGUUAUCGUGGCACCAGUGGUGGCAGCAGGGAUUCUUCUCCGAGCAGCUGGAAAGCCCCGUCUAGAUCAUCGUCUGCACAAAGACAUUCUAGUAGAAGAUACCAGCCAAUAAAUGAUGGCCCACAUGAUGGCAUCUAUAGUAGACGCAAUACGGGAAAGUGGGUCGAAAGUACUCUAAUAGAUUCUGACAGUAGACAACAUAAUCGCCGAUGGGAUGAGAAUGGACCAUGUCUGUUUGCAGGACAGUGGGAUGACAUAUAUAGUAGACCCCCUAGACAGAUAAACUCAAAACGUGAAAACUGGAGUGAUAGUGGUAUAUACUAUAGAAAUACAAGGAGUAUGGAAAGAAUCCCUGGUGGACCUCGAUCUAGAACCCCAUCAGUUACGUCAGAGGAUUUCAACUAUGGUGCCUUACGAGGUGGAGAUCUGUCUUCAUCUCAAAGUUCUUUAUCUAGUCUUUCAAUGUCAACAGGGACUAAGAAACGAAGGCAGAAGAAAAGAAAUCGGAGUAAUAGAAAUAGGUCUGGCAGCAGAGAAAGAGGAUACAAUUAUCAGUCAGACAAUACCUGGGAUGAUUCACUUAGUGAGAGCAGUUAUUGUGGUUCUGGUCGUUCAUUGGCGAGUAUUGGUAGUGACACCACAGUGGAAGAUGAUGUUUUUGCCAAUAUAUCGAUGUUAACUAUUCCAGAAUUCUCAGUCGUCAGCUCACAGUUUGGGAACGCUAAUGUAGUCGGCCAUCCGUUACAGUACAAAUGGAAGUUUUGGUAUGAUAGCAGAGAAAAUAAAACCAGCCGUACUCGUACUGAUUACAUGAAUUAUGGUAGCAAUCUGAUAGAGUUAGGAGUUGUUGAAACAAUUGAAGGUUUUUGGAGAAUAUUUAAUUUCUUGGCACCUACUAGUGACUUGGACUCCAAUGCUAAUUACCAUUUUUUCAAACUUGGUAUAAUGCCUAUGUGGGAGGAUAUCUCAAAUAAAGCUGGUGGUAAAUGGGUUCUCACAAUUAAGAAUGAGCCAGAACUACUUCAUCGUACCUGGUUAGAGUUACUACUUGCUUUGGUUGGUGAACAGAUUGAUUUCUCAUGGGAAGUGUCUGGUGCUGUCGUGUCAAGGCGUCGUAGAGGAGAUAGGAUUGCUCUCUGGACAAAGAAUAGACAGAACUUUCAAGCUAAUAUUGCUAUAUGUAAAGGAAUAAUAACAGCUUGGGCGUAUGCUAAGAACGUUCCACCUAACGGUAUGCUGACAUACUUGAAGAAUUUUAACAGCAAACGAGAGAAGAUAAGUUUAGAAUAUCUGCAUCAUGUUGACUCGUUGAAGUCUGGUAAUUCCUAUGCUAAUACUGCUCAUAUGACGCUGGAGAAUGUGAUUGAGGAUUUAAUCAAGGAAUUCAGGUGA